GCUUAAGAAUAUGUAGGAGAUUUGUGCUCUAUACUUGAUUUUUGUAUUUUGGAAUUUACACUGCUCUGCCUGGUCUAUUUAAAAUAUGCUUAUUUGUCAUGUGGUGCACUUUAAUUCUCUCUUGCACUGUUUUGGGUGUUUGAAGUUUAUAAAAUGAUAGCUAUUUGGUUUUCUGCAUGGCAGGAUAUUUACAUUAUAUUUUUCAAUCAUGAAAAAAGUUUGUUCCUUUAACUCAUUUAGAGCCAUAUAAAUCAUGUAAUUUUGGAAAUGAGACACUUUAUUCAGGAAUGUUUGAAAAAAAAAUGUAUAGUUUUUUGUAGGUGAAAUAACCUUAAAGUGAAAAAGCUCAAAAUGUUGAACAAUUGCUUGGCGAUUUUGUGUAAUCAUUUGUGUUAGAUCAACUGACAAUGGGAUAAUACAGACAAUCACACAAAGUUGUGUUGUAACAUGGGCACAGUUAAUGGGUACAAUAAAGUAGCAGCUGCAGACAGGAUUGAAGCUUCUGUGUCCUGUGAUGCUCUGCAGAAUAUUCACAAUAUGCCAAAAUCUUGCCCCCCACCCCAUUUUUCAUUCCAAAGUUGACAUGACACAGUUCUGCUCAGCACAAUCAGGCUGUUUGUUUUUCAGCUAAGACUUUGCAAAUAAUUUUGUAAAGGGCAAGGAAAGCCUGUUCACUGGGGGUGCCAAAAUGUUAUACACCACACCCACCACACAAUAGAAUCUCUUGGUUUGUUCUCCUGUUAGGAAAAAAAAUUGCACAGGCCUGGGAAAGCUUGAAUUGCAUGUGACAGCACAAUCUUACCUUGCAUUCCUGUUCAUCCUACUGUCCGAACUAGAUGUGCGCAUGUUCCGGCCCAUGUGAAAAUCAAAUCUGAUGGGGAGCCAGGUAAGCAAGGAUGCUAGUAGUGCAGGUGUACUAAUGACCUGCUAGCUCUUCCAGCUGAUCAUAUAUUGAUGCUUCUUUCUGCCCUUUGCUGAUGUAUUUCAAAACUAUUUAAAGGAGAAAAGUAAAUCAUGGGUGGAGCAGUGAGUGCCGGGGAAGACAACGAUGAUCUAAUUGACAAUCUUAAAGAAGCCCAAUACAUACGGACUGAAAGAGUGGAACAAGCCUUUAGAGCAAUUGAUCGUGGAGAAUAUUAUUUGGAGGGAUACAGGGACAAUGCUUAUAAAGAUUUGGCGUGGAAGCAUGGAAACAUACACUUAUCAGCACCUUGCAUCUAUUCAGAAGUUAUGGAAGCACUUAAGCUUCUACCAGGAUUGUCUUUUCUCAAUCUGGGAAGUGGAACUGGAUAUUUAAGUACAAUGGUGGGCUUAAUAUUAGGCCCAUUCGGUAUAAACCAUGGAAUUGAGCUUCAUUCAGACGUCGUGGAAUAUGCGAAGGAAAAAUUGGAGUAUUUCAUUAAACAGAGUGAUAGUUUUGACAAAUUUGAAUUCUGCGAGCCCUCUUUUGUGGUUGGUAAUUGUCUCGAGAUUGCGUCAGACAGUCCUCAGUAUGAUAGAAUUUACUGUGGAGCUGGUGUCCAGAAAGAUCAUGAAAAUUACAUGAAAAUCUUGUUGAAAUUGGGAGGGAUAUUAGUUAUGCCUAUUGAAGAUCAGCUUACACAAAUUCAGCGAACUGGACAGAACACAUGGGAGAGUAAAAACAUCUUGGCUGUAUCUUUUGCUCCUCUGAUGCAACCAAAUAAAAAUGAUAACCAAAAGUCUGAUACUGUGAGCUUACCUCCCAAUUCUGUUAGGAACCUUCAGGAUUUAGCUCGCAUCUAUAUACGUCGUACACUUAGAAACCGUAUAAAUGAAGAGAUGCAAGACAAAGGUAUUCCUCCUAAGGCACCUCCAAAGCGUAAAAGAAGACGAUGUCGAAGACGCCGUAUAAAUACUUAUGUGUUUGUUGGAAAUCAACUUAUUCCUCAACCAUUAGACAGUGAUGAUGAUGAAAAAAUUGAAGAGGAUGGCAAAGAGGAUGAAAAGGACCAUAAUGAAGCUAUGAAAGCUGAGGAACCUCCUCCAAAUCAGCUGCGUGAAAAAAUUUUGAGCUUGCCACUCCCUGAAUCUUUAAAGGCAUACUUGACCUAUUACAGAGAAAAAUGAUGCACUUGGAUCUAAAACUUUUUUUGCCUGCUGAUAUUUCAUUUACUUCUUGAAAAUGUAGCAUUUUUUUUUUAAGAAUUCAUUUGAUAGAUAUAAUUGGUUGAUCAACACCUAAAACUGUCUUAAGUUCUUUACUUGCUUUAUUUUUUAAUAUCUGUAUUUUCGCUACAGUUUCGCUACAAUUACACACAUUUUUGCAUAGGAAGUUAAUGCAAAGUUAGAUGCGCCAUGAAGUUGAAUUUGAGCAAUUUCUUAGUCUACAAACCUGUGCUGAUCUUCCAGCACAUGGGGCAGGUCAGUUCAAUGCAUAAACAUUUUAGCACUUUAAAGAUGCAAGUAUGAUCCAUAAAAAUAUAUCUGAGAUAUUGCAAAUCCAGCUCACAGUGAGGCAUUCCAUUGGACAAAAAAAAUCAUAUUUUGUGUGUAACUGUUUAAAAGAAUGAGAAGUGCAAUAGAAUUGAAAAAGGAAUUCUGCUUUCACUUUCAUUUUUUGGGGUAGAAAAUGUUGAUCAGAAUAUUUAUUGAAAAGCUUAAAAAACAUUUUGCGCCUUUGUUUAAUGUACAAAUAUAAAUAGGUGAAAAGGUUCAUGUUUUAAUUAGCAUUGAUCAAGCAUCUAUCGAGAAUCUGUUUCAUAGUGAAACAAUUUAUCGGAUAAAUGUAAAUACAAUUAAUAUAGAAAGUCAACUUUACUUAUGACCCGUUGCUAAUAAAAGUUGAUCUGGUUACUCUUUUAGUACAGUGAUCCCCAACCAGUGGCUCAUGAGUAACGUGUUACUCGCCAACCCAUGGCUGUUGCUCUUAGUGGCCUCAAAGAAGGUGAUUAUUUUUGAAUUCCUGGUUUGGAGGCAAUUUUUAGAAAAACUAGAUAUUCUGCCAAAUAUUGGCUCCUGUACGCUGCCAGUCCACAUAGGAGGUACCAAAUAGCCAAUCACAGCCAUUAUUUGACAUCCCAAGAACUUUUUCAUGCUUGUGUUUCUCCCCAACUUGUUUCAUAAUUGAUUCUGGCUCACAGAUAAAAAAAAAAAAGUUGGGAACCCCUGUUUUAGUUGGUUGGCCUUUUUGUUGGGAAAACCUACUUUAUCUUUAAUAUAUAAAGAUGUUCCAUUUGUUGUUAUUCAAAUCAUUUUUUGGUCUAUAAUAUUUCAAAUAUUUAUGUAAAGAAAAAAUAUAUAAGUGGGGGAAAAAAAACAAUUAUGGUUUUUAAAACACAUGCCAGUUAUUUCCCCACAGUUAUAGUAUAGUUGAUCUCAUUUGGCUAAUUCCGCCCAUAUUUUUUUUUUCUAGUGAGAUUACAAUACACACAUGAAUAAAUUACAUAGUUUUUUUUCUGUAUGUCUUAAAUUAGGAAUUUGUUGCUCAAAGAAAUGUACCUCCUUCCUAUAGCCCAGCUGUCUUUUUUUUGUUCUUUAAAUUGCUGAGUAUUUUAUUAGCAAGAAACCUUAUUUCUUGGGUACAAAUAUAAAACAUUCCUUUUAGAGAAUCACCAGCUUUAUAGAUGCAAAACAGAUGUCACCAUUUUUUGAUUAUAAGCAAUAGAAAAAAAUCAAGUAUUUUCACACUAUAAAAAAUAAGCUUUAUUACAAAAAAAAACAGAAUGAUAUUCACCAGUUCAUGAAACCACUUAAAGAAAAUUAUUUAUCUUGUAAAUAUGUUGGUGUCCUUCAAACGUGGCAUUUUUUGAAUUAAGAAAAGCUACAUAUAUAAGUAUAAUUUUUUGUGAACAAAGGCAUGGGUGAAUGCUUUGUAAAGAAAACUUCAGGAUACUUAAGAGAGAUUUUGGAUAAGGCCUAUUUAAUAGUGUGUGAUGUUCUCUGCUGCAGUAGGGCUCCUGGUUCCAUGUUAUUUUUCAAUAGUUUGCUUAAAAGCAUUCAGUAACUUUGUUUGUUAUUAAUAAUUAGUUCCUUUAAUUAAACAACUUCAAUAAGAAUAAUACAAACCUUAAAGAAGCCUUGUGUCUAAAUUUGUGAAAUCUUGGACCUGUUGGCAAGUUGAGGUAGUCUAGAAAAUGUUACAUGGAUAUAUUUGAAAAUGCUUUUGUAGAAUGGCUGCAUUGCUACUUCAUUAAAUUGUACUUUUUGGAAAAAAUAGAUGUUUUCAUGCUUAUACAUGUUUGAUUUAUAUCUGUUUUGUAAAAAAAAAAAAUGCUUGUCCUGUUCUUUUCACCACUUUGACAUCCAAAUCCACUUGAAUUAGAAAUUAAAUAAAAAAAGUGGUUAUUUGAA